AUGGACAAGACUCUGUUCACUUUACUGCUCAUUGUCCUACUUGUCUCUGGUGGAUCUCAUCCCACAUGUUCGAGUCUGUCAUUAACAGUGGAAGAAGGUGAAGACGUGAGUCUUUGGUGUGGACUUGUUCCCUCGGUCAACCUGAUGAAUUACACUGUGGAAGUUACAAGAACCGACCUCAGCCAGUUCGUCCUCCUGUAUCGAGACAGAAGAGUCCUCCUCGAUGUCCAUAUGGAGCAGUACAGACACAGAACCACACUGGACCUCAGAGGCCUGAUCAGGGGAAACAUCACAGUGCAGAUCUCCUCUGUGAAGAUGUCUGACAGAGGAGAUUACACAUGUUUGAUCCCCAGACUGAAAGCCAGGUGCAUCAUCACCCUGCAUCUUGUGGAGGAGAGGAACCACGUCAGUGCUGCGCCUCCUCUGGAGAACAACUCCACAUCCAACCAGCCGGGGAAAGGUGCUGUUGCAGCCAUUGUUGUUGCUGUGGUCCUCUGUGUUCUUCUUCCUCUUGGUGCUCUCCUGUUAGUAGACUUCAUAAGACUGAGAAGUGGAAGAAACAGUCUCACAGGGAAUUGUGUGACGAGAUGCAGAGGACAAAAGGACCAAGAUCCCUUCACUGGUUACCGUGCUGCCACCGGAUCGGGUCCAGUCUACAUCCAGGACAUGGUCCAACCGGAUGAAAUGAGAGGGACAGGCCCCUGUGAGCUGCGAGCAGAGACUUCCCCUCACUUGGAGCAUUAAAGAGAGAAUAUCUAACUGAUCAGUUGAUGAUGAAAUAACGACUUCAAUAAAAAAUGUUC